AUGAUAUCCAAUCUAGAGUCUCUCAUAUCUGUUCUCCGUUCUCAAUCAUACACAAAAGGUUUCCACAGCUACGUCUCGGGUUCUUCCUCGACAGCAACCGUGUAUGGAAACUAUCUAUGUCGCGGAGACGUCUCAUCCUCAACAUGUGAAACAUGCAUUACAAGAGCGUCGAGAAACGUUCUUAUAGCAUGUCCUGUCCAAAAAGAAGCUAUCAUAUGGUAUGAAGAGUGUUUCCUUGCAUACACCAACCGUCAGACUCUCUCCAUUUCUGAUUUUAGACCGUCCAUUAGACAGACGACGUAUACGUAUGCCAUGUAUCAAUCUUAUUUCACUAAUACUGUGGAAUACCGUAUGGACCUGCUGAUACGAGAAGCCUACUCGAGCUCUUCGUAUUUCUCAGAAGAGACACAUCAAGUGAAUUAUCUUGGAGAGGUUUACGAUCUGCACGGGUUGGUGCAGUGCACACCCGAUCUAGAUCAGUACGAUUGCUAUAGAUGCUUGAAAUGGGCAUAUAAUGAGACAGAGAAGUGUUGUUAUGGAAACAGUUUUGCAUUGGUUUAUACUACUAAAUGUAUGUUGACGUAUAAAGCCAGUUUCUUGGCGCCCCCACCCCCUCCUCCACCUCCGCCACCGCCAUUGCGUCAUUCUCGCGGAAAUAAUAGCCCCGAUUCCGACGAUUCAUUUUCGUUUAAGUUUAAAGGUGAGAACUAAAUAUAUAACUAUAUACUCUUCCAUUUCAUAAUAUAUGAUAUUAUGAU